AUGGUCUCGAGGCGUGUUUACGGGGACUUCAAGCGAGCUCUCUUCCACUCGGAAAAUCUGGAUGGGCUAUGGUACGCAGAGACAGAACUGCCUAGCAGUCCCGAGCAGAAAGUAGACCCAUGGCGCUGGGACUUCCAGCCUCGCAAGAUCGAUAUGCAUUAUGUAAUGCCUCGAUACGAUCCUGCGAGUAUGACACUGGCCCCACGAAAUGGAUCGUUCUUUGAGAAGAAGAUUGAUUUUCUGCGGAAGGGUAGAAAUCUCUUUCGUCCGCCCUGGGAGAGGGAUAUAACGCUGCGCGAGAUAGAAACAUGCGAAGUUCUCCACACAAGCCCGCAUCCAAAUAUCUGCUUCUAUCAGGGUGUUCGUGUCAAUGAGGCGGGUCUGGUAUCUGGCCUGGUCUUCGAUCGUUACGAUGGCACUUUGAGCGAACUGGUGCAUGCGGGUUGCCGCUUUGACGUGGCCACAUGCCUCGAUCACUUGAAAAAGGGCAUUGAACACCUACACUACCUGGGAUUCGUACACUGCGAUAUUAAGCCAGAUAAUAUUUUCGUGCGACUGAGGGAAAAGCGGUUCGUUAUAGGCGACUUCGACUCGAUGCACGAGGAGGGCGCUAUAAUGGAUUUGAAGGUGGGUACGCCUGGUUGGAUACAGCCGGGUGAGUAUAGGGCGGAGGACGAAAUUGACGAUUAUGCCAUGACCAUGGUGAGCGCGUGGCUGGAGAAGAAGAGCGCUGGGCAACGAUCCUCGGCGGUCCAUGGCGCAUCUAGACCACCGUCCAGUCUUCUUCCCGUGCCUCAUUGA